UUGGCAUGUACACUUUCACGCAAAAAGUAAUCAACAUCAACGACGCCGAUUUGCUCAGGGACAUAUUUGUCAAGGACUUUCACGUAUGGCCACAUCACUUGGACUUUCACCUUGGUACGUCUAAACUCGAUAAGAGUCUGUUUUUUAUGCCCGGGAAUGACGACUGGAAACGCCAGCGAUCUAUACUGUCGCCGGUGUUCACGUCGGGUAAACUGCGGGCAAUGAUGGCUCACAUAUCGCACAUUUCCGACAGAUUUAUACAAAGUUUGUCUCAACACGAAGUAUCAGGUAAAGCCAUAGACAUACGCAAACACGUGGGGGCUUUCGCUAUGGGCGUGAUCUCCCGGUGCGGGUACGGCAUAGACGUGGAGUCCAUCAAAAACCCUAACCAUCCGCUGGUACUCAACGCCCGCAAGAUAUUGAGUGUCGACGCGAGCGUUGGUAUCGUCGUGUCGGCGCUGUUCCCGGCGUUGGGACGGCUAAUAGGCGCCGAACCCUUCGAUAUGAGCGCCUGUCGUUAUUUCGACGACUUGACCAAAAAGAUCAUCGAUGAACGUAAACUACAUAAUAAUCAUAAAACUGAUAGUAUUUCUAAACGUCGCACAGAUUUCAUACAAUUGAUGAUAGACUCGGAAAAGUCGGACAAAGAUUUCGGAUACGACUCUAUCAGUGAUAGGGAACCGGACGACAAAAGCGCUGAACAGACAUUUAAAAAGCCAUCAGGGACAUUGUCUAUUGAUGAAAUGGUAGCCCAGGGAAUCCUAUUUUUCAUCGCCGGCUACGAUACUACCAGUGCUGCCCUAACUCACGCCAUAUACUACCUGUCCCUCCAUCCGGAGUGUCAACAGAAACUGUACCUCCGACACCGAUACACCUACUGGAGUCGCCACGGUGUACCCGGCAAAAAUUACUUUGACAUUACUCAAUUAUUUAAAUACACCCACGAAUAUGACCAUGACAAUACACGCAAAUAUGGUCGUGUAUACGGCAUGUACACCAUAUCGGGCAAUACUAUCAUGAUAAACGACCCUGAACUACUUCGGGACAUAUUCAUCAAGGACUUUCACGCGUUUCCCGACCAUAUUAACAAUAUUCACUUCGGUAGUUCCCAUUUGAGCAAGGGGCUAUUUUUCCGAAAAGGUGGUGAUGAUUGGAAAAGGAUCCGGAAUAUAAUUACCCCGGCGUUUACAUCCGGGAAAUUACGAGCAAUGAUGGGACCCAUAUCGGACAUAACCAACCGGUUGGUGGAUAUGCUUGUGAAGUACGAAAGGACA